UGGUGAGCUAGCGUGCUGUCCCACUCCUGAACACGGUUUUUAAAUGCCAUAUAGGUCGAUAGAAGAGACGCAGAAGGUGUGUUUACGGGACCGUGAUGCUUCGCUGCGGACGAGCUGCGUCGUGAAGCUGCAGGAGCAGCGCUGCUGCUGCUGGACAUGUGGAGAAGGUCGCUGAGGGCAGCACGCAGGUGUUUGGGCUGCAGGAGUCCAGGACCACAGGGGAUGUGCAGCUCCCAUGCUGUGCGUACCUGCAGCGCUCCAGCCUUACCUGCCGGCAGGAUCACAGCCCUGCAGGCGGUGGAGCUGUGGAGGAGGCACUUUGAGGAGAGAGGUGUGACGGAGCCCCACCUGUCCAGCCAGUACAUCGUUGCUCAUCUGCUCAGAGCUAAAACUAUACAAAGUUUGGAUCAGGAGCGUUUAACAGAGUUUCUCAGCCGAGAAGAAACCGAGCAGGUGUGGAAGCUCUGCACAAGGCGUCUCUCCAGGAUGCCGGUGCAGUACGUGAUCGAGGAGUGGGACUUCAGAGAGCUGACGCUGAAGAUGAGGCCUCCUGUGUUCAUCCCCAGACCUGAGACUGAGGAGCUGGUUGAACUGGUGCUCGCUGAUCUGCAGAGGAAGUCUGGGGCUGCAGACGCUCAGCAUACAUGCCUGGAGGUGGGAUGUGGGUCUGGUGCCAUUUCUCUUAGUCUGCUCAAGAGUCUGCCUCAGCUUAAAGCCGUCGCCUUGGACCAGAGCCAGGCUGCUGUGGAUUUAACUACAGAAAAUGCAUUAAGGUUGAGGCUUCAGGACCGGUUACAGAUCCAUCAUGUGGACGUGAUGACAGAUCCAGAAGCGGUGCUGAGCCUCUGCGGUCCGGUUUCCCUGCUGGUCAGUAACCCUCCGUACCUGUUUUCAGAGGACAUGGCGUCGCUGGAACCAGAAGUUUCCAGGUUUGAAGACCACGCGGCUUUAGACGGAGGUGAAGACGGCCUGAACGUCAUCAAACACAUCCUGACUCUGGCUCCACAGAUUCUGUCGGAUCACGGCCGUGUGUACAUGGAGGUGGACCCCAGACACCCGCCGCUCAUUCGACGGUGGGUGGAGGUGAAUGUGGAGGAGCUGCAGUAUGUGGAGACACGACUCGACAUCACCGGCAGGCCACGAUUCUGCAUCCUCCAGAAAGCAACGGCAGAGACGGGACCACAAGCUGGAUCUGGCCUGAGAAACUGAGAUCCUAUUACGCUGGCUUUAGCUCAGGUCGCCUCAGCCCCGGCUCCCCCCUGCCCCCACAGAGCCACCGGGCCUCACCCUGAUCUCAUCUGAUCGCUCAAAAUUCACAAUUUGCACCAAACAAAAUCGUGUCACCGCCGCGCUCUUAAUCUGGCGGCGGUCGUGAUGGCAGCCCGGCGUCACAAUAAAAAGUGUGUGGCACAAAAGCAGGCUCAAAGCUGAAGGUAAUUACCGCAGCUUUUCUUAGAACCCUCCCUCUCAGAAUCUCACCCUCCUCCCAGGAAGCGUUCAGUAGUUCUGUGAAUCCGCUGAUGAAUGGUCCUCCCCUUCGCUUGUCCACUCGCUGACUCAGAUGCAGGCGGUGUGCAUUGUUGAGCAAAAGCGCACACGAUGCGGCCGUUACUUCCUCACACAAUCGCCGACUCUCGCACGCUUCCAGCUCAAAGGCCACACCACGCUCUUUGUGUUUUAAAGGUGAUCUAAGGCACAAAAAAAAAAAAAAAAACAGAUUUCGUAACAAGUGUCACAAGAGCAGCCGUCAUGUGGUUGACGGUGACGUGACAGCGCUCCUCUUUGACCCUGUAAAAAACAUUUAAGGCAAAAUGGGAUAUAAAGAAGAGCAGCUCGGGUUCCAGUCGGCUUGGUUUUUAAUAGAAACAUGUACACAUGUAAAAGGUACAAAAAAUGCUUUACUGAGAAAAAUAAAAUGGCGUAAAAGA